CUGAGUUGCGGCGUGUUAUAUCCUACAUUGCAACUCAUUCAUUCGCCAUUUUUCCUUGCCUAGAAUUAUACGCGUGUCGUGUGCGUGUUUGGUCCUACAAAGUGAACAAUGGGAUUCAUCAUGGUUGUCUAGCCAGACACCGAAAACACAGUCUGGCCGCCUUUUUUUUAUGAUUUUCCCUCCUGCGUGUACGUGUCUCACUACGACUCGAGCUCGCUCGUGCACUUCUACUGCCCAGUCCCUCCAUAAGGGGCGGGGAGGCCGAGGAGAGGCGGAGGAGGAAUGCAAAGCUCCAUCCAGAGCAGAGCAGAGUAGGAGUGUUUGCGCUCACAGUCUGUCUGCAACAGAGGAUCAAACCUGGGUACUUGAUCGUUGUUUUCCCUCCCCUGAGCAAUUUCUAUACAUCAGGAUCGAGAUCAUCAGCCAGCCUCCAAGAGAACCACAGCAACAAGCUUCUGCAUCCGGGAUUAACCAUGGUGAUCAAAGUGUACAUAGCGUCUUCUUCUGGGUCCACUUCGAUUAAAAAGCAGCAGCAGGACGUGAUGGGCUUCCUGGCAGCCAAUAAGAUCGGGUUUGAGGAGUGUGACAUUGCCGCAAACGAAGCUAACCGGAAGUUUAUGCGAGAGAACGUUCCGGAGGAGUCACGGCCGGCUACAGGGAACCCUCUUCCGCCACAGAUAUUCAAUGAAAGCAAAUAUUGUGGGAACUACGAGGCCUUCUUCGAUGCCCGAGAGGACAAUGCCGUGUAUGCAUUUCUAGGCCUGACUGCACCCCCAGGCUCAAAGGAGGCUGAGGCUCAGCUGAAGAAAGCGCAACAGUAGCAUCAACCAUUUCUGUUUGAGAACCAGACCUAGCCUGACCUGAUAAACAUUUUUGUUUUUCAACGGUCGUCUUAAUUUUCCAGGUUUUAAUGAUGCUGUCAGUACGGUAACUGUGCCUUGUCAGCCAUGGUGAAAUGAGGCACAACAAAGGUAAACAAAAUAUUUUACUUCUUAUGACUUUGCAAAGCUUCUUCAUAUACCUUAACCUUCACCUGCUAGCCUAUUAGUCCAAUGUCAAUGUAAUCAUCCAUUAAGCAUGAUAAAAACAUGUGCAAUGUAGCCUCAAUUCAUCCUUGUGUGCAAUAUACCGUAUUUUUUGGACUACAGUGUAAGUCGCUCCAGAAUAUAAAAUGCACCGGUCAAAAAUACAUCAUGAAGAAGAAAAAACGUCCUCCUGAACUUACAUUUUGUGGAUACAUUUUUUGUUGUUGUUGCAAAAAAGACCAACAACAUACAUUUCAUCUUGAAUUACAAGUAAUAUUAAUAAAAAAACAACAACAGGCUGAAUAAGUGCACGGUAUGUUAACGUAACAAAUUGAUGGUUAUUCAGCUACUGUACAAGAACUUUAAAAAAAAAAAAAAAAAAAAAGCAUAUUACUGUAGAUAAUGUUUACUCAUUUGUCAUGUCAGCGUGGUGAAAUAACAUUCAAAAUCGUGAAAUUAUACAUUCUAAUAUAUACAAGACACCCCUUAGUAUUGGUCGCAGGACUGGCAGCCAAACGAUGAAAAAGGUGCGAUACAUAGUCCGAAAAAUAUGGUAAUAUGUAUGUUAGACUCCUCAUCACGUUGUUGUUUAUUAAACCUUAAAACUUCUUGAAUCAUAGAUUCAUUUUCAUUUUGUGCGCCUGUUAAUUUUGUUUUACCGAAACGGUGGCACCUUCUGAAGGAGCAUCCCAUUCCCGUGUUUUGAUGUAUAUUUUAUAUUCUCCUUCCUUCAAACAGUCUUAAAGCUGUAUUGCCAGCAACCGUUUUCUACAAAAGUGUACCUGUUUAAACGAUAAGACUUUAGGCGGAAAAAAAGAUGUGACAUUUUUAUUUGCUGUUUGAUUUUUUUUUUUACUUUUUUUUAGAUGAGUGGAACAGCCUCUUAUUUUAUAUUGUGUUUGUAUUGCCAGUCUUUAAAAAGAAUGUUUGUUAUCUUCCCCAAUUGAAAAUAAAAAUGCUAAACAACAAAUGUCUAUGUCGUCUUCAGGAUUUGAUAAGUAACAAUUUGUUUUCAAUUUGAAAAAUGUUGAUGGACAAUCUGCCAGUUGUGCUUCAUGUUAGGGUUCUUAGCACCAUUCUAUUUUUCUCAAAAUGUAAAAUAAAGAAGACCUUCUUCAGGCGUAGAGAUAGACCAAUUAUCGGCCGGGCCGAUAUUUGGAAUUUUUACCUAUAUCGGUAUCGGCCUUUCUUUUAAGCCGACCGGCCGAUAUGAAGAUGUUAAUUUUAAAAUUGGGUUAUUUUGGCUCAGAUGCAGCCGCAUCUCUCCCUCUUCCACUAGUAUUCACCCCGUCCUCCGAUUGGUUAAAUGGUUAGUGGAGUCGUAAAUGGAGUCGCAAUGUGCCUUUCUACCUUUGUAAGGCCCUCAAAGCGCUUCACACUAUAGACAAGUAAGUUUCCUGAGCGAAACAUGGGCGACGCCAUCUUUGACAUUUUCUGCUUCGUACUUCGGGUUUAGACAAAACAUCAUGAAAUGCUGUUGAAAUAGACAAAGGUUGAAACUGGCAAAUCAAACCAGAGGAACCCACGGAAUCUCCAAAAACGGAUUCAGCACGACGUAGAUGAGACUCCAGGACUUUCUGUGCGGUGCUUGGUUGUGUGAACUCCUGAAAGUGCCUAUACAUACCGGUAUAUAUACACUCACCGGCCACUUUAUUAGGUACGCCUGUCCAACUGCUCGUUAACACUUAAUUUCUAAUCAGCCAAUCACAUGGCGGGAACUCAGUGCAUUUAGGCAUGUAGACAUGGUUUAAGACAAUCUCCCGCAGUUCAAACCGAGCAUCAAUAUGGGGAAGAAAGGUGAUUUGAGUGACUUUGAACGUGGCAUGGUUAUUGGUGCCAGAAGGGCUGGUCUGAGUAUUUCAGAAACUGCUGAUCUACUGGGAUUUUCACUCACAACCAUCUCUAGGGUUUACAGAGAAUGGUCCGAAAAAGAAAAAGUAUCCAGUGAGCGGCAGUUCUGUGGGCGGAAAUGCCUUGUUGAUGCCAGAGGUCAGGGGAGAAUGGCCAGACUGGUUCGAGCUGAUAGAAAGGCAACAGUGACUCAAAUUACCACCCGUUACAACCAAUGUAGGCAGAAGAGCAUCUCUGAAAGCACAGUACGUCGAACUUUGAGGCAGAUGGGCUACAGCAGCAGAAGACCAUGCCGGGUGCCACUCCUUUCAGCUAAGAACAGGACACGGAACGCACAGUACGUCGAACUUUGAGGCAGAUGGGCUACAGCAGCAGAAGACCACGCCGGGUGCCACGCCUUUCAGCUAAGAACAGGAAACUGAGGCUACAAUUUGCACAAGCUCAUCGAAAUUGGACAAUAGAAGAUUGGAAAAAGGUUGCCUGGUCUGAUGAGUCUCGAUUUCUGCUGCGACAUUUGGAUGGUAGGGUCAGAAUUUGGCGUCAACAACAUGAAACCAUGGAUCCAUCCUGCCUUGCAUCAGCGGUUCAGGCUGGUGGUGGUGGUGUAAUGGUGUGGGAAAUAUUUUCUUGGCACUCUUUGGGCCCCUUGGUACCAAUUGAGCUUCAUUGGAACACCACAGCCUACCUGAGUAUUGUUGCUGACCAUGUCCAUCCCUUUAUGACCACAAUGUACCCAACUUCCGAUGGCUACUUUCAGCAGGAUAAUGCGCCAUGUCAUAAAGCUGGAAUCAUCUCUGACUGGUUUCUUGAACAUGACAAUGAGUUCACUGUACUCAAAUGGCCUCCACAGUCACCAGAUCUCAAUCCAAUAUACCAUCUUUGGGAUGUGGUGGAACGGGAGAUUUGCAUCAGAUGUGCAGCCGACAAAUCUGCACCAACUGUGUGAUGCCAUCAUGUCAAUAUUCAGUACAGUGAAGAGAUGGUUGUGCAUGAAAA